CAGCGAUGCCAUUGCCCAGCCAACUCGCAGCUCGCGGCAAAACACACAAAAGGGCUCGGAGACAUCGUGCGGUUGAUGAAAAAAAUAUAAACACGCUUAGCCGUGACCGUCCAACAUUGCACGUGACGCGGGGUCACAGAGGGAGACAUCACGGCAUGUGACGCCCACGUGGUAACGCUCAGCCGCGCCGUGCCAGGCGAAUGCAGAGUCGGCGUCUCACGCAGCCGUUCCCCAGAAGCCCUUCCCCAGAAGCCCUUCCCCAGAAUCCCUUCCCCAGAAGCCCUUCCCCAGAAUCCCUUCCCCAGAAGCCUCCUCGCACGGGACGGAGCCGACAGCGGCCGCUCGCCGUCCACAACCCCCUGCCAGCAACAGCUGGGGGCAGAGCGACUCGCACGGCGCCAGCCACGGGCGGUGAGGAGCGAUGCCGACGUGACGGAUUUGUUUUGCCGUUUCCACUGAGCCGGGGCCAGCGGUGACAGGACGGUGCUGUCUGCUCCACGUGGAGUUCUCCACGCUUGAUCAUGCCGCUGCCGCUGCCGCCGCCGUCGUCGCUGCGGCUGCGGCUGCUGCUGCCUCCGCUGCUGCUGCUGCUGCCAGAGUUGGCUCGAUGCGCGCCCGUGCCCUUCAUCGCCUUCGAAGGCGAGGAAGAGCCCAGCCGGCCCACGGACCUGCAGCUGGCCACGCGUUACCUCCGCGACUUCGGCUACUACGGCAGCGACGAGGGAGGAGCGCAGGAGGGCCGCCGCUUCGCCGACGCCCUGCGGAGGAUGCGGCGGCGGCUGGGCGUCGCGGCGAGCGCCGGGGCCGCCCUGGACCGCGCCACGCUCGACGCGAUGGCGCUGCCGCGCUGCGGGGAGGUGGACGAGGCGGGCUCGCCGCCGGGGAUCGAGCGCGUGUGGCUUCGCACCGACCUCACCUACAGGGUGGUUGGCGAGACGGGCGACCUGGAGCGGGCCGUCGUGGAGGGCAUGGUGGCGCGUGCCAUGGCGGUCUGGUCGUCCGCGUCGCUUCUCCGAUUCAGUCCGGCGCCCAACGGCCAGCGGCCGGACAUCUCCAUCAGCUUCCACACCAAGGACCACGGGGACGGGCGGCCGUUUGACGGCCCCGGCGGCGUGGUGUCGCACUUGGGGGGCGACUCGCGCGGCGGCGUGCACAUCCACGUGGACGACGACGAGUUCUGGACGUUCGGCGAGGGCCGAGUGGUGAAGACGCGGUUCGGGACAGCGCGCGGGGACUUCUGCAUCUUCCCGUUCGCGUUCGGGGGCCGCCUCUUCCACACCUGCACCGCGUCAGGCCGCGACGACGGCCUGCCCUGGUGCUCGGCCACCGACGACUACGACCGUGACCGCCGCUUCGGCUUCUGUCCUCACGAGGAGGUGUUCACCGUGGAUGGUAACGGAGAAGGAGCUCCGUGCGUCUUCCCCUUCGUGUACGGCGGGCGCGAGUACAGCGCCUGCACCUCGGCUGGCCGCGACGACGCUGAGCGGUGGUGUGCCACCACUGCCAACUACGACGCCGACCACAAGUACGGGUUCUGCCCGCCCUCCGCCCUGACGACGGUGGGGGGCAAUGCGGACGGCGCUCCGUGCGUCUUCCCCUUCCGAUUCCUGGGGCGGAGCUACGAGACGUGCACGGCGGAGGGUCGCGCCGAUGGGCAGCUGUGGUGCGCCACCACGGACAGCUACGACGCCCACCGAAAGUGGGGCCUCUGCCCCGCCGCCGGCCUCAGCCUCUUCCUGGCGCUGGUGCACGCCGUGGGCGACGCGCUGGGGCUGAGCCACUCGGAGGAGCCCGGAGCCGCCACCUUCCCCGUCCUCUCGUACCGCCGCAACUUCCAGCUCAGCCCCGCCGACGAGAGCGCCGUCCGUGACCUUUACGGGGAGCCGCGGGUCGGAGACUCCGCCACGGACGACGCGAGGGCCCGGCGCAAGGGCCCCGAGGGGCCCGGCUUGUGCGACGACGCCGUGGCCGUCGGGGCCGCGGUCCAGCGCGGAGAGACGACGAUCGUCUUCAAGGGCGGCCUCUACUGGGAGCUCGUGGGCCCCGGGGGAGUCCCCAGGGGGCCGUUCCCCAUCGCGCGGCGGUGGCCAGGGGCACCCCCCGCGGUGCAGGCGGCCAGCGGGGGCCCUGGGCCUGACGACGUGACCCUCUACGCAGGCUCGCUAAUCUGGAGGUUCUCCGGAGGCCGCCUCGUGGAGGCCGCUCCGAGGCCCCUGCCGGGGGCGGACGGAGCGGAGGGCCCCGCUCACAUCGACGCCGCCUUCUACAGCCGCCGCUGGCAGAGCCACCUCGUCUUCUCGGGCCACCUGCUGUGGAGGUACGAUUCUGAGAUGAAGACGAUGCAGCCCGGAUCGCCGCGCAGGAUCCGGGCAACGUUCGCCGGCCUCCCGGCUUCGAUAGACGCCGCUUUCGAGCGGGACGGUCUGGCAUAUUUCAUCAAAGGUCAUCGCAUCUGGCAGUACAACGGGCGGACACUGACGCACCAGGGCUUCUUCAACUCCGAUUGGCUUGGCUGCAUCACUUGACCUGGGCGCCUGCGUCCCACACCACCCUGUGCCCCUGUGUAUGAGGGACAGGGCGAGGGGGUAUUCUUUUGGUGACCCAAGCCGGAAAAUGAUUAUCCCCCGAAAUGUGUGUAAAAAGGGCAGGGUUCACUAAUUGACGGGCAAACGACAACCACCGCUCAGAGAUGCUGAAUUUAGAAAACUCAACGAAACUUUAUUUUUAUUUUACCAGCUCUGUGUGUGAUGCGGCUCUCGAACUAUUUUUGUCAAUGAUAAAGACAAAAACAUGUGGCACUUCUUCUUUGAAAGGUUGUCCACCCCUGGUCUAUCCCAAGACGUCUGGCCAACUUGGAAGAGUAGUAGGCCCAUCAGAGAACGCUAUGCAAAAUGCAAAUAGUUUCCUGGAG